UACCGCAUCACCCUACCUCCGAUACUGGGAAGAAACUUGCUCGGUCGGAGUCGGAGCUGCCAACAAUGUCGCCGCUGAGGCUGUCAGUCCUCCUUGUGCUCCUGUCCAGCCUCUUGGCCCCUUCCACUGCCCUGCGCAGCUCGACGCUGCUCCUGGCGCGUUCUCCUCAGUCCGUGUCGCUCAGUGCCGUUCCCGGGACACCGGUCACCGCAUGGGCGGCCACCCUCGCCGCCCAGACGGCGUCCGACGCGGCGCGCGCAGCCACGCUCGCAACGGGACCCCGGGACCCGCCGCCGGCCAGUGCCGUGGACGCCGCCAAGAAAGGGCCGCGCCGGUCCUUCGUGCCGAUCGCUCCGGGCCGGCAGCUUCUCAGCAUCCCCAGCUACGUGGCCCGCGCGCGCCUCGGCACGCCGGCGCAGGCGCUCCUCGUGGCCAUCGACCCCAGCAACGACGCCGCGUGGGUGCCGUGCGCCGCCUGCGCGGGCUGCGCCCGGGCGCCGUCGUUCGACCCGACGCGGUCGUCCACGUACCGCCCCGUGCGCUGCGGGGCGCCGCAGUGCUCGCAGGCUCCCGCCCCGUCGUGCCCAGGGGGCCUGGGCUCGUCGUGCGCGUUCAACCUGUCGUACGCGGCGUCCACGUUCCAGGCCCUGCUCGGGCAGGAUGCGCUGGCGCUCCACGACGACGUGGACGCCGUCGCGGCCUACACGUUUGGGUGCCUCCACGUCGUCACGGGUGGCUCCGUGCCGCCGCAGGGGCUCGUCGGCUUCGGCCGCGGGCCGCUCUCGUUUCCGUCGCAAACCAAGGACGUGUACGGCUCCGUCUUCUCCUACUGCCUGCCGAGCUACAAGUCUUCCAACUUCUCCGGCACGCUCAGGCUCGGCCCCGCCGGGCAGCCGAAGAGGAUCAAGACGACGCCGCUGCUAUCCAACCCACACCGUCCUUCCCUCUACUACGUCAACAUGGUCGGGAUCCGCGUCGGCGGCAGGCCCGUGCCAGUACCGGCGUCGGCCCUCGCGUUCGACCCGACCAGCGGCCGCGGCACCAUCGUCGACGCCGGGACGAUGUUCACGCGGCUGUCCGCGCCCGUGUACGCCGCCGUGCGUGACGUGUUCCGGAGCAGGGUGCGAGCGCCGGUGGCAGGCCCGCUCGGUGGCUUCGACACGUGCUACAACGUGACCAUCUCCGUGCCGACCGUCACCUUCUCGUUCGAUGGGCGGGUGUCGGUGACGCUGCCGGAGGAGAACGUGGUCAUCCGAAGCUCCUCGGGCGGCAUCGCGUGCCUGGCCAUGGCUGCGGGACCACCAGACGGUGUCGACGCUGCGCUCAACGUGCUGGCCAGCAUGCAGCAGCAGAACCACCGCGUGUUGUUCGACGUCGCCAAUGGCCGCGUCGGUUUCUCGCGCGAGCUCUGUACGGCCUGAAAUCAGUGGAGCCAGGCUAUGGAUUGGAUGGAGUAUUGUGUGUACUACUCCAGUAUAAAAGCAUGUUUGGUUCACUACCUUAGUUGUCACACUUUGUCCAACUUUUCUGUCUAAGGUUAGUUAUUCAAUUCGAACGACUAACCUUAGGCAAAGUGUGACACAUUUAGCCACAAACCAAACAGGCCCUAAGUGUUUCAGAUUCCUGUGGCGCACUAGCGCCGUGAGUUCAAUGUCUCGUUCGUUGCUGUCAGUGCUUGGAAAGUGGAUUUACUGAGUUGUUG